AUGACUUCUCCGCCCAUCCAGGAGACACAGCCGAUCAACGAUUUGACCAAUUUUCCUUCCCAAAAUGUGACAUUGAUCGACCAUACCAAUCCGUCAGUCAACUGCGUUAUGACAACCGCAUCUCACGAUCCCUUCACCCCGUCGGCUGGUUUCCUGUGGUUUGGCCCACGCUGGGAUGUCGCCUCCAACACUUUCCGUCUAACAUUACUUCCACCGUAUCUCAGCCGCGGAAUUUUGGCCUCUCUGUACGGAAUUGGAAUUGGUCGCUCCGAUGACCUCCUACCUGGUGGAGGCAGUGUUGAGAUCAGCCACAUACCCCACGGAAACUUUGACGAGGCAUACGUUUAUGAGAUGAGGUACCAGGUAUAUGAGUCUCGAUCCUGGAAGGCCUGGGAUGCGUUGCCGGACAAAUUUACCGCCUACCUGAAGAUUCAGAAGAUCCUUAAACGGGUUAAAGAAGGCAAGAAAUCUCGCAAGCAGGAUAUAGAGAUAUUUGUCGUAAGAUGA